AGCUCCACGACUUGCCUCUCCCACGUCGAACCCUUUCCUCGCCAAUUCUACCUCCCACGCCCGCCAUGCUCUCCCGACAAGCCCUCCGUGCCGUCCGGGCCACCGCCCCCCAGCGUGCCCUCCCCAUGCGCGCCGUCCCCGUGCGAAGCUUUGCCGCCGCCGCCGGCGGCACCGAGGGCCAGCCCCCCAUCACCGUCUUCGGCCUCGACGGCACCUACGCCUCCGCCCUGUACACGGCCGCCUCCAAGUCGUCAUCGCUCGACCCCACGGCCAAGGCGCUCGCCAACCUCGGCACCAUCGUCGACAAGGACGCCAAGCUCUCGCAGAUCCUCGCCGCCCCGACGCUGACCCCCGAGGACAAGUCGGCCAUUGUCGCCGAGCUCAACAAGCACGCCGGCGCCAGCAGCGAGACGGUCAAGAACUUCCUCGACACCCUCGCCGAGAACAACCGCCUGGGCCUCCUCCAGGGCGUCUGCGCCAAGUUUGGCCAGAUCAUGUCCGCCGCCCGCGGCGAGGUCGAGAUGACCGUCACCAGCGCUCAGGCCCUCGACAGCAAGACCCUUUCCCGCCUCGAGACUGCCGUCGCCAAGUCCUCCUACGUCGGCCAGGGCAAGAAGCUCAAGGUCACCAACCAGGUCAACCCCGACAUCGUUGGUGGGCUCGUCGUCGAGGUCGGUGACCGCACCAUCGACCUCAGCGUCUCCGCCCGCAUCGCCAAGAUGAACAAGCUCCUGACGGACACCCUGUAAAUGUACCAACCAAGACCUCAACCGCAUGACCACCAUAACAACAACAACUACAUCUUAUUUCCUCUUUUUGCGUCAAGUCCUCCCUCCAAUCUUGAUGUCAUGGCGGCCCCUCGUUCGGGACCCGAGCAAGAAGCAAAGCGGAGGGGGGCAACGGUUCGAACACCCCUCGGUGGUGGCUGGACCGUGCCGGCGCGGGUGGCCUGGGAGGCUGCCCGGCCGUGUAGAAGGCUGUCGAUAGUGAUAUGAAAUAGAAAGCAUUGUCUCGCCUUUCUGAAUGCCUAU